AUGACGAUGGACCAGCAGACAGGCCUCAUGUCUCUAAACAUGUCCCCGUUCGACCUCAGUCCGGGCCCCGAGGGGUCCGGCUCGGGCGGUGGGCCCUCGGGUGCCUCCCAGCAGUAUGUGCCACAGGGCGCCGCUUAUCAAUGCACGUCAGACCAACAGCCAUUCGGCUACGCAAACCUGGAUGCUUCAUAUCUCUUUCCAACAGGUGCCGGAAGCGAAUCUGGAGCUUAUUUACCAGCAGCCGGGACUGUCUGCGAUCAAACCGACACCAAGGACGUCAUAGAAGAGCUCUGUCCCGUCUGUGGGGACAAGGUGAGCGGUUACCAUUACGGGCUGCUCACUUGCGAGUCCUGUAAAGGGUUCUUCAAGAGGACCGUUCAGAACAAGAAAGUAUACACCUGCGUCGCGGAGCGCGCCUGCCACAUUGAUAAAACACAGAGGAAACGAUGCCCAUUCUGCCGCUUCCAAAAGUGUCUCGACGUCGGCAUGAAACUUGAGGAGCGCCCUGACCUAGUUGCCAGCGGGGCCGCGAUGCGGCGCGCGCGCUGCUCACUGCUGUGCGUGCAUGUACGCAACGCGAGGUUGCCGCUGUGGCCGCGAUCAUGUACGUGCGUUCCUAAGUGGGAAGCAUUCGCCGCCGCUCGGCUCCGCUCGGCUCCUUCCGUACAAGGAGGGGAAGGGAGCGGAGGGGCGGGAGGGCGUGAGGAGGGGAGAGGGGAGCGUGGACGCUUCAGCCUUGACCAAGUUUCACUGACUCGUCGGCACAAGGAGCCCGUACGUGCGGAUCGCAUGCGUGGCGGACGUAAUAAGUUCGGCCCCAUGUACAAACGCGAUCGCGCCAGGAAACUGCAAAUGAUGAGACAAAGGCAAAUCGCUGUUCAAACGCUGCGGGGUUCGCUCGGCGACAGCGGGAUAGUGCUCGGGUUUAAUUCACCGUACGCGUCGGUGCCAGUCAAACAGGAAAUACAGAUCCCGCAGGUGUCGUCGCUGACGUCAUCGCCCGAGUCGUCGCCGGGGCCGGCGCUGCUGGCAGCUCAGCCUCAAGCCGCCCAGCCUCCGCCUCCUCCCGCUCACGACAAGUGGGAGACUCACUCGCCUCACUCGGCGUCGCCCGACGCGUUCGCGUUCGACGCGCCCGCCACCACGGCCGCCACGCCCUCCAGCACGGCCGAGCCCACCAGCACCGAAACGCUGCGAGUGUCGCCCAUGAUACGAGAAUUCGUUCAGACCAUCGACGACAGGGAGUGGCAAAAUUCACUGUUCGGACUCUUGCAGAGCCAAACCUACAAUCAGUGUGAAGUGGAUCUGUUCGAGUUAAUGUGCAAAGUGCUGGACCAAAACUUGUUCUCUCAAGUGGAUUGGGCGAGAAACACCGUGUUCUUUAAGUAUCUAAAGGUAGACGAUCAGAUGAAGUUGCUUCAGAACUCGUGGUCGGUGAUGCUAGUGUUGGACCACCUGCAUCAACGGAUGCACAACGGUCUGCCGGAUGAGACGACGCUGCACAACGGCCAGAAGUUCGACCUGUUAUGUCUAGGGCUGCUCGGUGUCCCAUCACUAGCUGAUCACUUCAACGAGCUCCAGAACAAACUCAGCGACCUCAAGUUCGACGUGUCCGAUUACAUCUGCGUCAAAUUCCUUCUACUACUGAAUCCCGAGGUGAGGGGUAUUGGGAACGUGAAAUGUGUGAGGGACGGCUACCACACGGUGCAGGCUGCCCUGCUAGACUACACGCUGACAUGCUACCCCGGGAUAACGGAUAAAUUCGGCAAGUUGGUGAUGGUGGUUCCUGAAAUUCACGCUCUCGCUGCACGCGGCGAGGAAUAUCUUUACCAGCGACAUUGCGCAGGACAAGCGCCCAUGCAAACAUUACUCAUGGAAAUGCUUCACGCUAAGCGCAAGCCCAAUGUCGCCGAAAUGGUUAACCGCAGUUCCGAGCACACGUCGACCCUCGACAGAUUAUUGUAA